GAACCAAGACCUCGUAUCUCUAGUGCAUAUUCGACUAUGGCACCACGACCUUCAAUGACUCCCCAAGCUCCGCGUACUACCUCUUAUGGUUCUUCUGGUCUCACUCCUCGUACAGCUCCACCAGGACGAUUAUCUCUAGGUCGUAAUCCUCCAUCAUCCUUCAGAUCAUUCACUCCCACCCCGAGUGCUAGACCGACAUCCAGAUUGUCCAUGGUAUCAUAUGCCGCUCAAUCGGGACCCAUGCAACUUUUUCAGCCUAGCAAAUACGACUUAUUGGACCAAGAAGUAGCCAAGGUCAUCGACGCUGUAGGAUUUGAUGGUUUUGUCAGUAGGUUAGAUGAGCCAGUGAAGAGAGGCCAAAGAGUACCUGAUCAUAUGGAAUGGAAGGGAGAGUUCUUAUUUGGUGCCGGGGAGAAAGUGAGUGGUGUCAAGUUGUUGAAGCUGCAGGGAAGAGCGGCCGAGUUGAGGGGGACAAAUUGGAAGGUGAUGAUACGUGUGGGAGGCGCGUGGGUAGAUUUGGCGGAUGAAUUGAGGAGACGAAGGGAGAAUCCUAAAGAUGACGUGGAGACCUUCUGAUGUCUGUUCGUCUGUCGGCCAAAUUCAAUCCGUCCUUCUCCACUUCCUGGUGGUUGUAGCCGUCGGCUCUCGAGCGGGCUCUCUGAUUGGUCUCCGAGGUAUUUGGACUGAGGAGCGAAUUUCGUGGCUGAAAUCAUCGGACGUGCCCAUGAACACAUUCGCGACUUGUUGAUAUCUGUUGUAUAUUCCUUAUGCUAUAUCAUCUUGCUCCUUG